AUGGAGAAGCUGGUUGCUUGUGUACAAAAAAAGCCAAAUGCUCUUUGUAGACUGAUUUGCUUUCUGUGGGCUGGAGGUGGAACUCCACAACUUGCUCACUGGGGCAGACUCUUCAAUGACUCAAUUGAAGUGUUCUGCAUAAGGCUUCCUGGAAGAGAAACUCGUCUUGGGGAGCCUUUUCCAAAAGACAUGACAAGCUUAGUUAAUGAAAUUACAAGUGUUUUGUUAAAAGAACUGAAAGAAAAACCAUUUGCAUUUUUUGGUCACAGUCUUGGAAUGUACACGAGUUUUGCUGUUGCACUUCAUUUGAAAGAAAAGUAUGGACUGGAGCCAGUCCAUCUUUUUGUGUCAGCAGCACACGCCCCAAAUGUAAGCUACAGAAUCAUUAACAUUGUGAAACAGAACCAUAAAUUAGCUACUAAGAGUCAUCUUGCCCUCAAAAGCACACCCGUGCCUGAUAGAAACAAUGACCUUCUUGCGUGUGUGGGGAUGCUCAGAGGAAAUUUUGAGCUUCCACCUAAUGAAGACUUUAGGAGAAAUAUAGCACUAACCUUCAGAGAAGAUGCUAAAGUUUUUAAGACGUUUUCAUUUGAGAAGGCAGACAUGAAUACCCCCUUCUCCUGUGAUGUUACCUGCUUUCGUGGGUCUGAUUAUAAAAUAUAUGAUGUACAAUGUUGGCAAGAACUAACAAAUGGAGAUGUUUCCUUUUAUGAGCUUCCUGGAGAUCACUUUUAUCUGCUGAAACCAUCUAAUGAAAGUUUCUUGAUAAAACAUAUCACAACAUGCAUAGAAAAUGCCAGUCUAUAA